GUUGUCCAAGGAACAUGUCCGGCAGAUGUCCUACGGACGAGUGUUCCGGGAUGGCUUCAAAUCUACAGGUUCCAUCGGCAAUAGGUUGAACGCCAAAAGACAACGGGAUGUGCCGACACAUGUGGGAGCAGUUGCGGCAGUCUCAGCAGGCGGCUUUCACACGUGUGCAGUGAGAUCAGAUGGUCAGUUGGUCUGCUUUGGAGAGAACGGAUCCGGACAGUGCGAUGUGCCGACGGAUUUGGGCGAAGUUGUGGCAGUCUCAGCAGGUGUCUAUCACACGUGUGCAGUGAGAUCAGAUGGUCAGUUGGUCUGCUUUGGGCGUAACAGCUGCGGACAAUGCGAUGUGCCGACGGAUUUGGGAGCAGUUGUGGGGGUCUCAGCAGGCGUCAGUCACUCGUGUGCAGUGAGAUCAGAUGGUCAGUUGGUCUGCUUUGGAAACAACGCCGACGGACAAUGCGAUGUGCCGACGGAUUUGGGAGCAGUUGCGGCAGUCUCAGCAGGCUUCCUGCACACUUGUGCAGUGAGAUCAGCUGGUCAGUUGGUCUGCUUUGGAGAGAACGGAUCCGGACAGUGCGAUGUGCCGACGGAUUUGGGAGAAAUUGUGGCAGUCUCAGCAGGCGACAGUCACACGUGUGCAUUGAGAUCAGAUGGUCAGUUGGUCUGCUUUGGGCGUAACAGCUGCGGACAAUGCGAUGUGCCGACGGAUUUGGGAGAAAUUGUGGCAGUCUCAGCAGGCGACAGUCACACGUGUGCAGUGAGAUCAGAUGGUCAGUUGGUCUGCUUUGGAUGGAACAGCUGCGGACAAUGCGAUGUGCCGACGGAUUUGGGAGCAGUUGUGGCAGUCUCAGCAGGCGACAGUCACACGUGUGCAGUGAGAUCAGAUGGUCAGUUGGUCUGCUUUGGAUGGAACUACGACAGACAGUGCGACGUGCCGACGGACUUGGGAGCAGUUGUGGCAGUCUAA